GCCUGAAUUGAACACAGCUUUAUUGCUUGCGUGGAGCUCAUUCCCGGAAGUAGUCAUUCCGUCGGGUGAUUUGAGUCAGAAGGCGGCUGCCGACUGAUUAUAUAUGACUCUUUUCUUUAAGUCUGCCUUCGCUUUAUCGGCGGGACAAGUGAGGAAGAGCCGGGCUGGUGCAUGGUUAUUUCUUGUUGGGGAGCGUUGAUUCGGAAUUUGCUGAUGAUGAAGCCCAAAGUGGUUUUUGUCCUCGGUGGGCCUGGAGCCGGGAAAGGGACCCAGUGCGUCAAAAUCGUCAAGAAAUAUGGAUAUACUCACUUGUCUGCUGGUGAUCUACUUCGUGCUGAAAGAAGCAAAGAAGCUACUCAGUAUGGAGAACUAAUUGACAGUUACAUUAAAGAAGGAAAAAUUGUCCCAGUGGAAAUAACUAUCAACCUUAUAAAAAAGGCAAUGGAUGAGGCAAUGGCUCAAGAUGUGACUAAGAAUAAAUUUCUUAUUGAUGGAUUUCCGAGAAAUACAGACAACCUCGAUGGCUGGAACAAACAAAUGGAUAACAAUGCUGAUGUGAAAUUUGUCCUUUUCUUUGACUGUAGCAAUGAGGUCUGUAUAGAGCGUUGCCUUGAAAGAGGAAAAGACAGUGGAAGAACAGAUGACAAUGUCCAGAGUUUGCAAAAAAGAAUUCAGACAUACAUGCAGUCUACUAAACCCAUUAUAGAACUAUAUGAGAAAGAGGGCAAAGUAAAAAGAGUUGAUGGUGCCAAAAGUGUUGAUGAGGUUUUUGUUGAAGUCCAGAAAAUCUUUGAUUCCGAAAACUGAAUUAGCUGUUCUCCUGAAGUUUUAAAAAUCAGAUGCUUCAAAUACUUUCUGCUGGAAGAAGCAGUUAUCUUCUACCUGUACUGUUUAUUUUACAAGAUAUAUUUUCAUCAGAAAUUCUUGAGUGGAUACAUGUCUUUCCAUUGGUAUAUUGUUUGCUAUUACUUUUGUAUGAAAGCGUUCUUUGCCGAGCAAGAAAACACUGCUUUUUUUUUUUCAAAAAUCUGCUUCCAAAUACGCUUGUAACUAGAAAUCCUCUCUGGGUCACUUAUAGAUUCAAAGUUCUCGUGUAUAACAUGUAUUUGUCUUAAGGGUGUAUUCAGACUCUCCCUCUCAUUAUGACUGAGUUAUGACUUGUAUUGUUGCAUACCAAAUGAUCUUAUUUAAAACAGGUCAUUCAUAAAUGGUCAUUAUUUAUUAAUCUAAAUGCAUAUGAUGCUGAUUUUGACUUUUAGAUGCCCAACUUAUUCCACAUUUUUAAAUUUUGAUUGCAAAAGUCAUAGUGCUUGAAGGAAAGUGAAAACUAAAGGCCUGCAUUUAUAUAAGUUGUUAAUGGACAUGAAAUAACUUCUGCAUAGUGGAAAAAUGUAAUUUGGAAAAGUAGCCUCUGAACACAUGUUUGUUGUCCUUGGGUUUAUCUAUUUAUGUACUUUUUAAGGAAUUAAAUUGAUCUUUUCUUGGUCACACAAUAUUUAAAUGUUGUGUCAAAAUCCAGAAAUAAAUUAUCAGCACUGAGGUAUUGUCUUCAUCACAUGGACAGUAGCAAUUCAGGAAAGAAACUUAUCUUCACUUUUUUCAAGGGCAUUUAGGAUUGGACAAUGUCACUGGAAAGACCAGCAUUUACCCACUCCUGGGAACAGAUUUUACAGAACUUCAUUGUAUGUAUAUUUUUUCCUUUAGAAUAAAUGUGUUUAAGUGAAAACGGUUGAAUCCGGAAUAGGUGACUGGAGAAACCGUGCAGAAGAAUUUUACACUGCUGGAUAAUUUGCAAGCCUGAUGUAACAAUUUCUUUGCUACUCGCUAGCCAGUGCUCAGAUGCACCAGUUAGAUGCAUGUAAGGAAGAGUACGAUCAUUCAGCCAUGUCACUUUGCACUAUAUUUAUGUUGCAAUAUUUAUGAACAAGAGGACACUAGAGAAUAUUUUCUUAAAUUUCUGUCCCACAGUCAGGUACUGUGCAUGUGAAAAGAAUAAAUUGUGAAUGCUGGAAAUCCAGAGCAGGUCAGUUAGCAUCUAUAAAGAGAAAAGGCUAAGAUUUUUAUUGUCUGCUGUUUUACGGAAUAUCAAAAGAUCUACACAUGCAAUAUUAACCUGUUCUUGCCCUUUACAGAUACUGAUUGGCAUGCUUUGUACUUCAAGUGUGCUUAUUUGAUUUUAUUGCUGUGUUUGGAAGUAUCAUGUUUAAUUGUUUACUAUGAUUAUAGUUCUAAUCCUUCCAUUCUAAACUGACUGGACUGUAAUUCUGAGCACUGAAUUUUGAGUCUGUAAUUUUAAAGGCAAGACUGUACCAGAGUAUCUCACUUAAUUAACUUGAUUGCAAGAGCUUCUGAUUUGUUGUUUGUUUCUCAUCUUCUGAUUUUCUUAAUAAAAAAAAAAAAGCCAUACCUUUG